AUGGAGUCGCAGCCGCAGGGCAAUGGCGUGCAGGCCACGGACGCGCGCUACCACGAGCCCGCGUCGGCGGCGCUGGCCAUAGCGGUGGUCCCGCCGGCCACGGCGGCCGCGCACGGGCCCAUCGUGCCGAAGCCGGAGCAGGCGCCGGGGGAGUUCUUGGGCGGGCUCGCCGUCGCGCUCCCGCCGCGGAACCGCGACCGGCACACCAAGGUGGAGGGCCGCGGGCGGCGCAUCCGCAUGGCCGCGCCCUGCGCGGCCAGGGUCGCGCAGCUCACGCGCGAGCUAGGGCACAAGACCGACGGUGACACCAUCCGCUGGCUUCUGCAACAGUCGGAGCCGGCCAUCAUCGCCGCCACGGGCACGGGGACGGUGCCUGCGAUCGCCACCACCGUCGACGGCGUGCUCCGCAUCCCCACCGAGUCGCCCUCCGCGGGGCCAGACGGCGCGGGGCCGGCAUCCAAGCGGCGCAAGCUCCAGCCGACGCGCGCGGCGGGCGGCGCGGGCCCGCUCGUCGCGGCACCCCCCGCCGCGGCCUACUACCCCGUCGCCGCCGACCCCCUCCUGCAAGGCAACGGCGGCGGCGGCGCGAUUUCCGUGUCCAGCGGCCUCGCCCCCGUCUCGGCCGCCGCGGCGCCCGCAGGAGGCGCCAUCCCGUUCUUCGCCAUACAGGUGCCAGCGUCCGUCGACGGCAAGCAUGGGGCCAUGUGGAUGUUUCAGCAGCCGCCCGCCGCCGGAGCCGCGCCCAACCAACCGAUGCAGUACUGGCCGUUGCCGCCCAACCCCGCAGAAUACAACAAUUUCCCCGGCGCACAGGCCGUCAACGUCGCCAACUACCAGCAGCAGCCGUGCUACAGCCCGAUGCAGUUCGUCCCCGCCGGCGGGGAGCCACAGGACCAGCAGCAAACUGGUGACCAGAGCGCGGGCGCCGACGACGAGACCCAGGGCCUGGAGGACGACUUCGACGGCGAGGCCCUGACGGACUCCAGCUCCGAAGAGUAGCGCGGCACACGGCAAGCGCCACGCUCCAUAGUUCAUAGAACAAACUCGAAUCCAGGACUAGGUUAGAACUUUUUUUGCCUGAUUUGAUUUUCUUGUUUCUUUCUUGUGCAAUGUCUCGUAGACGAUGCUGGUGAUUUUGGGUUUGGUUGGAAACUGAUGUAGAAUAGUUUCUGGUGUCGACGAUUGAGUAGACUAGAGAAAAGGUUGACAUGCCCAAAAGUUAUUACGAGUUUAUCUGCUUUA